ACUCCUAGAGCCCAGGCCAAGAGCCGAAGUCAGGGAGCAUACCCGGGAAACUAAGGACAGUAGCCUAAGAGGACGUGCCUGGGAGGGGGAGGCUGUGUGUGACAUUCAGGGUGUGACUGCCUCGGUGAGGCUGUGUGUCUCCUUAGCCACCCGCGCUCUGGGCUUGGGUACCCGUGCCUAGGUCUGCUGUGCGCGGUUGUGACACCGAAUGUGCUGGUUCCUGGGUCCUCAGUGCACACCGACCCGGGAGACCUCAUUGGCACCCCGGAGCUGGGCCUCCCCGGCGCUGUCGCUCAGUGACGCGGGCGCUCCUCCAGGACCGCGGCGGUCGCCCGCCGGCUGUGACCUCGGUCCUCGCGGGGCCGCUGCGGGGGCGGGGAGCGCAGUCCCCCUCCCUGUCGCGGGCUCCUGGCUCGGCCGCCCUGCGCGGGGGCGGGGGCGGGGGCGGAGCGCGCGGGCGGGAUCCCCCCCGCCUCCCCGUCCUGGUCCCCGGGAAAUCCAGCCUCCGUGGCUUGGCCGCCUCCGGCUCCCGCUCCCGCGGCCGCUCAGCGCUCGCUCGGGGCUCCGCAGCCCGCGCGGCCCCUUAGCUGGGGACUCCGCAGUGCCGGGUCCCGGAGCUGCACUCGCGCCCGCAGUCGUAGCGCCCCCGGCCCGGGCCGCCGGCACCAUGUAACCCCGGCCGGAGCCCGACCGGGCCAGGAGCCAGUGGUCCUGCGCCUGCUGAAGUUAGGAUUCUACCUCGUGGUGGGGAUCCUGACGUCAAGGAUGGGACACCCCGGAUGGAGGUUCCUGGGGCCUGGCCCCCAACAAUAUGAAGAGCCUUUGCUGAGGCCAUGAGGGGUUACCAUGGCGACCGAGGCAGCCAUCCCCGCCCAGCCCGCUUUGCUGACCAGCAGCAUAUGGACGUGGGCCCAGCUGCCAGGGCCCCGUACCUGCUGGGCUCCAGGGAGGCCUUCUCCACCGAGCCCCGCUUCUGUGCUCCAAGAGCUGGCCUGGGACACCUUUCUCCAGAAGGGCCCCUGAGCCUGAGUGAGGGCCCAUCAUCCGUAGGCCCUGAGGGAGGCCCAGGGGGGGUGGGGCCUGGGGGAGGCAGCAGUACCUUCCCCAGGAUGUACCCCGGCCAGGGCCCCUUCGACACCUGUGAAGACUGUGUAGGCCACCCACAGGGCAAGGGUGCCACCCGCCUGCCUCCCACACUCCUGGAUCAGUUUGAAAAGCAGUUACCAGUUCAACAAGAUGGCUUCCACACACUCCCAUACCAGCGAGGUCCAGCAGGGCCUGGGCCUGGACCUGGAUCUGGCCCUGCCCCUGAAGCUCGCAGCGAGAGUCCUAGCCGCAUCCGGCACCUGGUUCACUCUGUGCAGAAGCUCUUUGCCAAGUCCCACUCUCUGGAGGCACCCGGGAAGCGAGACUAUAAUGGGCCCAAGGCCGAGGGAAGAGGUGGCUCAGGGGGAGACAGCUACCCUGGCCCAGGCUCUGGAGGCCCUCACACCUCUCACCACCACCAUCACCACCACCAUCACCACCACCACCAGUCCCGGCAUGGCAAACGGAGCAAGAGCAAGGACCGCAAGGGGGAUGGGCGCCACCAGACCAAGGCCACAGGCUGGUGGAGCUCUGAUGACAAUUUGGACAGUGACAGUGGCUUUCUGGCGGGUGGGAGGCCCCCUGGAGAGCCUGGGGGUCCCUUCUGCCUGGACGCUCCAGACGGGUCCUACCGGGACUUGAGCUUCAAGGGCCGUUCGGGUGGGUCAGAAGGCCGCUGCCUUGCAUGCACUGGCAUGUCCAUGUCACUGGAUGGACAGUCGGUCAAGCGAAGUGCCUGGCAUACCAUGAUGGUCAACCAGGGCCGGGACGGAUACCCAGGGGCCGGGCCAGGCAAGGGGCUCCUGGGUCCAGAGACCAAGGCCAAAGCCAGGACUUAUCACUAUCUGCAGGUGCCGCAAGAUGACUGGGGGGGUUACCCCACGGGUGGCAAGGAUGGGGAGAUACCCUGUCGCAGGAUGCGGAGCGGCAGCUAUAUCAAAGCCAUGGGGGAUGAGGAGAGUGGAGACUCAGACGGUAGCCCCAAGACAUCUCCCAAAGCACUCGCCCGACGCUUUGCCUCCCGCCGCUCUUCCAGCGUGGACACAGCCAGGAUCAACUGCUGUGUCCCACCCCGGAUCCAUCCCCGGAGUUCCAUCCCUGGCUACAGCCGUUCCCUCACCACUGGACAGCUCAGCGAGGAGUUCAACCAGCAGCUGGAGGCCGUGUGCGGGUCCGUGUUUGGGGAGCUUGAGUCCCAGGCCGUGGACGCCCUGGACCUGCCCGGCUGUUUCCGCAUGCGGAGCCACAGCUACCUCCGGGCCAUCCAGGCCGGCUGCUCUCAAGACGACGACUGCCUACCCCUCCUUGCUGCCCCUGCCUCUGUCUCAGGGAGGCCCGGCUCCUCCUUCAACUUCAGAAAGGCCCCGCCCCCCAUCCCGACGGGAAGCCAGGCCCCACCCCGCAUCUCCAUCACCGCCCAGAGCAGCACUGACUCUGCCCAUGAGAGCUUCACUGCAGCAGAGGGCCCAGCCCGGCGCUGUAGCUCCGCGGACGGGCUGGAUGGCCCGGCCAUGGGCGCACGCACCCUCGAGUUGGCGCCGGUGCCACCCCGGGCCAGCCCCAAGCCCCCCACACUCAUCAUCAAGACUAUCCCCGGCCGGGAGGAGCUGAGGAGCCUGGCGCGGCAGCGGAAGUGGCGGCCGUCCAUUGGGGUGCAGGUGGAGACAAUCUCAGACUCGGACACCGAGAACAGGAGCCGAAGAGAGUUCCACUCCAUUGGCGUUCAGGUGGAAGAGGACAAAAGGCGGGCAAGGUUCAAGCGCUCCAACAGCGUGACCGCCGGUGUGCAGGCAGACCUGGAGCUGGAGGGCUUGGCUGGCCUGGCCACUGUGGCCACAGAAGACAAGGCCCUGCAGUUCGGACGUUCCUUCCAGAGGCACGCCUCUGAGCCCCAGCCCGGACCCCGGGCCCCCACCUACUCAGUCUUCCGCACGGUCCACACGCAGGGCCAGUGGGCCUACCGCGAGGGCUACCCACUGCCGUACGAGCCGCCAGCCACUGAUGGGUCGCCUGGCCCUACCCCUAUCCCCGCCCCUGGUCCCGGGUCCGGCCGCCGAGAUUCUUGGAUGGAGCGCGGUUCACGUAGCCUCCCCGACUCAGGCCGCACGUCCCCCUGCCCACGGGACGGCGAGUGGUUCAUCAAGAUGCUGCGGGCAGAGGUGGAGAAACUGGAACAUUGGUGCCAGCAGAUGGAGCGUGAGGCGGAGGACUAUGAGCUUCCGGAGGAGAUCCUGGAGAAGAUUCGCAGUGCCGUGGGCAGUACACAGCUUCUCCUAUCUCAGAAGGUCCAGCAGUUCUUCAGGCUGUGUCAGCAAAGCUUGGACCCCACUGCGUUCCCUGUGCCCACCUUCCAGGACCUGGCUGGUUUCUGGGACCUCCUGCAGCUCUCCAUUGAAGAUGUGACCCUCAAGUUCCUGGAGCUACAACAACUCAAGGCCAACAGCUGGAAACUCCUGGAGCCUAAGGAGGAGAAGAAGGUCCCUCCGCCCAUACCAAAGAAGCCCUCGCGGGGGCGGGGCGUGCCGGUGAAGGAGCGCUCCCUGGACUCCGUGGACCGGCAGCGGCAGGAAGCGCGCAAGCGGCUCCUGGCGGCCAAGCGCGCCGCCUCGUUCCGCCACAGUUCGGCUACCGAGAGCGCGGACAGCAUCGAGAUCUACAUCCCCGAGGCCCAGACCAGGCUGUGACCCGCCCGGGCCCUCCAACCCGGCCCCGGGCGCGCAGUUUUCUACCCGUACUGUACACCCAGCGUCGAGGUCACUGUGAACGCGGGCAGCUCCGUGCGCCCGCCCUGCCGGCACCGCACGCCCCGGCUCCUGCCCGCCGCACUUUCGUGGGUUUUUUACCUUCCUGAUCCCACGCAAAGGCGCCCGGGCUAGGCUGGGGGCCGUGCCUCUCCGCCCAGCGCCCCUCACUAGGAACUCCCAUCUUCCUGGUCCGACGCUUUGUCCUCACUUUUUCCCCUCCAUGGGCACCAUCUCUGCCAUUAUUUUACACCCCCCACACCCCUACGGGCCAGGCCGGGCCGGGUCCCCCAUCUGGGCUCUGCGUCUCUCCCACACCCCGCGGGGCUGGGCUUCGUGGGGAUCAAGCUUCGUGGCUUUUUAUGAAGAAUCCCGAACCCCGCCUAGGAGCCCGCUCCACCUUCCCAGGGCUCCCAUCCUUAGCCCUCCGCCCACAGGGCCCAGGGACCACAGUGGCUGGACCAACCCAGGACCAGGGCGCCUGGGCCUCUCCUCUUUCCCUCAUCUGGGGAGGGGAGACAGGGGCUUUCCCUCACCACACCUGUGGCUGUUCCCACAUCCCUUUGACUAUCCCAGGAAAAAUAAAACCGCAGAACUGCACCGGA